GUUUGAACUUCAUUGAGCUUUCUUUCAAACAAAAAUAAUAACGAUUUUAUACAGUUACAGUUAAUUAACUAAUUGAAAACCAACACAAAGCUUUGUUAUAAACUAAAGUCUGCUAGGCUUCAUGGGAAUAGUUUUUAACGUUGAAUAAGGUAGUUAAAAAAAAAAACAAAAUGACUGUGCUGGAAUCGUGUUGGUCUCCUUGCAUUUGGUCCACUGAUACUAAAAUGGGAAGCAAGUUGGUAGCGGUUUACACUACCGCUAUGAGCAUAGUACUGAUUACGUUCAUAGGAUAUCAAAUGGACGGAGGCGAUUCAACGCAGCUGUGGAACCCAUUAUUUGAAGCUGAUGUCCGCGGAUCCUUACAAAUAUUUGGAACAAUAUUUAUAAUAAUAUUGACACUGUUGAUAAUUUUUUCAAUUUUAAUGGUCAUAGGCAUCAACAUAUGGAUGAGAGGUUUUAUAUUACCAUGGCUCUCAACAAUGGGAUUCAUCAUAGUAUUUCAGUUCAUUUUUGGUCUUUGGCUGCUGGGUGGAUAUUAUAUUUAUUUGGAUGCCACAUUUGCAGCUCUGGCUGAUUUCCUAUGGAUGGCAUAUAAUAUAUACUGUUGGCUGUGCGUGUUCUCUCAGUACCAAAUAAUAUUGGAAAUGCAAUCUCCAAAUAUUGAAAUCUUAGUUGAAUAUUAAGUUUCUAUGACCUACUUUAUUUAAGGAAAGAAAAGAAACAUCUACUAAGGUUUUUUAAAUAAACAAAUGCAAGUUAAAUGCGUAAGUUACACUUUAAAGAAAAUCUAUGGCCAUUAAUUCAUAAUAUGUACUCAAAUGUAAUCAAAAAAUUCCAAUGUGUUCUUUUUAUUUAAUAAGUUUAUUUUUAAUCACAGAUUUAGAUAUUAGUAAUUUUAGAUUUAAGCUACCUCUCACAUUACAAAGUAUAUAGUUUUUUUUAAGGUGAAAACAUUGCUAUAACUUUGCUUUGAAUCUCAAUACAUAUUAUUAUAUAGAAUGCAGUUUGAUUACAUUUUUGCUUGAAAUUUAAAAGUAAAAGAUUAGAUUAAAAAACUUGGAAUACUUUAUGAAUAUCACAUGAGAAUCAUUUAUUUAAAGUGUUCUACAAUUGGUGACAGUACAAACUGUCAUUGUGACACUAUGAUAUUUGAUAAAAAAAACCUACAUAUUGUGAAAUUGACCGUAAAAUAUUUUGUUACAUAAAUUAAGAUGCCUAUGAAAUCAGAAUUAUCAAGAUUUUUAAAGAAACGUGUUUAUUGUUUUGUUUUUCUGAAGUGACAUUUGUAGCCUACUCGGUUGGACUAUAUAUAAGUGCCUAUCUAAUACGUGUUCAUUAACUAUUUUCAAAUUUGAAAAUAAACUAUAUAACUUUAAAUAUCCGAUAAAUAAAAACCCGCAUUCUGUUCAUAACUAUGUGUAGUGUAUUAUUGCCCAUUCAGAGCAAUAAAAAAAUCAUUAUUAUUAUAUUUAAUGUAUAUUAUUGUAUACUUAAUAAGUUAGAAAUAUGAAUCCGUCCAAAAACAAGACUAAAAAUAUGUAAAUAAUUAUUAUAAUUGCAUUAUUAUGUUGUAGUGCCCUCUGUGAGCACGCAGUGAAUUGAGAAUAGAAAAAAAAAACAUAAGUAACUCGAUUACUUUCAUUGCACUGUACAGAUUUUCAGUAGUACUUACUAACUUUAAGCCUGGAGCUUCAUUUGCGUGAGCCACGCCUUAUCCCUGUAUGGGCGGAAGGCCCCUACUCCACAUAUCUGACCCAGGCGACGAGGCAACCCAAAGCUGCCGUCGGUGAUUUUAGGCCCCUCAAGCACCGGCCACCGUCCUCGUUGAACUCGUCGAUUUCGAUGAGCAAACUAACCCACAAACUCAACACAAUGAGUUUCUCGCUAGAUCUUCUCACUGGGUCGAGAUUCCGAUUCGGAAAUAGAUUCUACGAAGUACGGCUCUCGAUACGGCGUCUUGGCUUACUAGAGAAGCGCUCUCCUUUACCGCCUCCCCACCACACUGCAGCUUGAUUGAGGAUCACUUCCCAUGAUCUCAGGUCGGGCAGUGAUCUUUCCUGAGCGGAGUGGGUAGAAGCACAGAGAGGUAUGGUGCUGUGUUCGUAGGGGUCGAUUCUGGGUCCGCUCCUGUGGGACAUAGUGAGAUUUCCUAAGCGAACGG